GCAUGCACAUUUGCACCGGAGCGCAGCCCAACCCACCUUGCUCAAAUAUGCAAAGCUGCUAUGGAAAGCAGACUCUGCAUGCUCCAGCCGUCAGCUGGAAGCCUCUGCCAGUCUACCUGCUGCAGGUGAAAGUCACCUUGCUCCCAAACGCUAGAGAGAGAGGCCUGCUUUGCCUUGAGCUUGUCCCAGCUUGGCAAUCAUUAAUCAGAUUCGUCACAUUCCCGACUGCUGGCCUGUUAUGGAAGAAUGACCAACGGGGCUCAAGUCAGCCAGGACUGGCUGUCAGACAUGCAGCUCGUUGGGAAGCUGGCACUUUCCGCAGCGGCUCUGCUCCUACUGACUUUGGCUUAUAGAUUCUAUAAGUCCCGACCAUCCAGCAGCGGGAUCAGAAACGCUGAGCAUGUGACGGAGCAGAGAGAACAGGCUGGAUCCGGAAGGGGAGUCGCAGAAGAAACACCACGGGGACUCAGGAACAGGCAAGUCAACAGCAAUGGGGUGAGGCCAAGCACCAGCAAAGGGAAUCAAAGUGCACACCUGGGUGGGACGGUCACAGCGGGAACAUGGGGCUCACAAAGCACACCGCCCAGGGAAGAUCAAAGGCUGCCGAAGGGGAAGGAGGAGGAGAAAGAGAAGGGAAAAGAGGCUUGUCAGCUGGUCACCGAAUCACAGCCAAAAAAAAAGCAGCCUGUUUUUGAGGGACAGGGGCAAAGUCCAGGUGAGGUCCUGAACGUGGCGACAGCAGACGGUGCAGAGCAGGAGGCACCGGUGGCAGGAACAGAAGCCAGGGGUAAGCGUAACAUUUGCAGUCUGGCAUGCAAACCGGACAGCUCCAUCGAUGACAGCAGGGGGGCCAGCUGGGAUGUAGCCUCGCAGCAAUCUGGGUGUAGCGUCAGCCUCAGGCACAAUCCUUGCAGCACCCAAGCAGGAAAUGCUGCUGAGCUCACAGCAACUGACAGAUCCACCCCAGACACUGAGGAGGAGGAAGCAGGAGACAUGAGUGAGAGUUUGGCCUGGAACCAGGAGGCCUCGGCUGGCCAGGAGAGGAUUCAGACCCUCAAUGCUACAGCGGACAUGGGCUUAGCCAUCAACCAAAGUGAUCAGAGGUCUGAUGCCUCCUACACUUUCUCCUCCGUUGCAAAGAUACAGGUGGAGGAAAACUAUAUUACAGAGAGGCAGCCCAGGGAGGAAAAGCCGUGGCAGUCCACAUCCUCCACUACUAGCCUACGAGGCAAGGUCUAUGACUACUACGUCCAGUCCACCUCGCAGUCUGUGUCGAAGGAGCGGCCCUGCUCGUACACCGACUCACUCUACCACCCGGACAAAAUCCACGAAGAGCUAAGUGAAUGUGAGACUUGGCUGCGCCUGUCUACGCCCCAAGAACCAGCCAGUGAGUCAGCUGUGGGAGAUGAAGACCGAGCUUCACCAACAGCAAACAUCCCACCCAUCUCUCCCCGUCUCCUGCCUUUCAGACAUCCCGCAGAGAGCAUGGAGCCGGCAGACUGGGGUGGCGCAUCUGAUCCGGGCAGCUCCUUCUCGCCCGCCCACAAGACAGCUGAACCGGAACGCAGGUUUGGCAGGAAAGAGAGUUUCCAUCAAAUUGCAGAUAACCCCGAACUUCAGGUGCAGAUGGAAGGGUUCGGGGCUUUGACGCCAGCUGGCAGAAGAUCUGACUCAAGCACUCCCCCUGCCAGUCCCCUCCACUCCAGAUCCAUCGUUUCCCCGGUGGAAUCAUUUCACAGCCUCCAGUCUCAUGCAGGCAAUGAACCCAGAGUGGAACUUGUUGCUGGUGCCAACUUCUUCAAAGUCCCAUUAAGCUUGCAGUCUGAUGUGGACAUCCACCUGGAUUUGGGGAACUGCUAUGAUGUCCUGUGCAUGGCCAAGAAGCAGAAACUGGACAGUCUCCAGGAGGCAGCAUAUAAGGUCAUGAGCGACAAUUACCUCCAGGUCCUGAAGAACCCGUCUAUCUUCGGGCGCCUCAAUGCCAGGGAGAGGGAGCUGAUCCUCCUGAGGAGGAUGAAGGGCAGGAAAUACAUCACCGUAGCAGACGUUAGCACGCAGGAGCAGAGCUUGCACACCAGCAGGCUCUGUUACUAUGAUAAUGAAGGCGACGUCUGGCAUCCCCUGUCCUAUAUGCCAGUGGAGGCGGUUUCUAGGGGCUGCGCAGUCUGCAGCAUGUUCAAUUACCUCUUCGUGGUGGCUGGCUGCAAAGGGCUGGGCCAGCACCAGAAGCCUUCCAACAGGGUUUUCUGCUACAAUCCCCUGACCAGUAUUUGGCAGGAGAUCUGCCCACUGAACCAAGCCAGACCUCACUGCAAGCUUGUCGCCUUGGAUGGAUACCUGUAUGCAAUCGGGGGAGAGUGCCUCUAUACUGUGGAAAAGUAUGACCCCCGCCAGGACCGGUGGACCUUCACGGCGCCGCUGCCCAAUGAUACCUUUGCCGUGGCCCACACCGCGACGGCGUGCGACGGGGAGAUUUAUGUGACCGGGGGCACACUGCGCUACAUGUUGCUCCGGUAUGUCAGCCGGUCGGACAACUGGAAGGUCAGCAUCACCAGCGGGAGCAAGGACCGGACCACCGAAAUGGUCACCGCCGGUGGCUUCAUCUACCGCUUUGACCUCAACCGCAGCAUGGGCAUCAGCGUCUACCGCUGCAGCCCAAAAGCCAAGCUGUGGUACGAGUGUGCCACCAAACGCAUGCCUUUCCCACCCUGCUUCCAGUGUGCCGUGGUGGAGAACCUGGUCUAUUGCAUCAGCCACCAGUUCAACAUCAGGUUCCUGGCUGACCACGUCUCACCACGCUUCGGAGUCAAGGAGUUACAGCUUUUCCCUUCCCCCCGAGGGACCCUCCUCCCCAUCGUCCUGGUGCUGCCAGAUAGAGGCAUGGUGCAAACAAGGGUCUGAUGAGAAGCUAAAAAAACCCUGAUUCUUCUCUUUUCUUUUGUCCUGGGCUAAAGGGCCAAAGGCAGCUUCCAGAGCCACCGAACUCGGCACCCGUCAAAUCCAGACUUCCCUGAAGUCCAGGGAUAUUCAUUUCCACGCUUCUAAUUCAACCCAUUAUAGAGAUGAUCCAACUGUGGCAUUAGGAUCCAGACUUGGGGGGAGGGCUUCUAUCCUUGGUUCAAACCCUUCUCUAACUAAAAAGCAGGAGAAACAAAACUGGCUAACUGUAUAUUUCCAUUGUUGGCAAACGCCUCCCACUAGUAGCUCCCGUUCAGCAGACACAGAAGAUGCAAACAGUGGGUUGGGUGAGUGCAUUUUUGGGGGGGGAUAUUUAAAUGCCUGUAAACGUUGGUGCAAAUUAAAUGCAAGCCUCAGACUCCUGGGAAGUUGUCAAAGUGGCUGUGGGUGGAGCAAAGUUUGGGACACCACUGUAAAGUAAUUCCCCACUGUGCCUCGUGCGAUACAUCGCUACGACUUACCAGCAAGGGGUGUUUCUUAUGUACCAGAAAGACAGCUGCAAGGGGAAGCUCCCUGGAGGUUUUUCGAGUAUGCAGGUGGAGAUGGGAAAUCUGAAAGGGACAGCAUCCAGACUGUGUCCUUUGCACCAGGACCAUGCCAAGAACUUCAGCUGCCUGGGAGGGCUGGAACUGAGGCAGGGUCCGGCCAUUGGCAUCAUCACCUAAAGCAAGCAGCUGCGCUGCGA